AUGCUAAGUAACGACGGCUACAAUCGAUCUUCCUUCAACAGCCAUCCGACCGGUUCCCACCGAAAUUACUCGUUCGUGUUUGAACCAAUCCGAAAUGCAUCCCAGAUCAACGGCACCAAUUUCAAGCACCAGUUGGCGGUGUGGUAUGGUGUUUCUAUGACAUUUUGCGGACUGGGAGGAGCGAUGUGUAUUAUGCUGAUGGGAGCCGUAUGGGAACACUGGCAAGUGUCCAAGCGGAAAAUUGGACGUGAUCGCAGCGGCACGCGACUGCUAAUCGUCCACGCCACGGCCGUAGAACUGAUUAUGUGCUGCAUCAACCAUCCGGUCAGCUUUACGCAGAUCCUCUAUGGACAAUAUCCAGUUACUCCAACUGGCUGUAUUUUCCUUCAAUUACCGUUCGCGAUAUUCCGUACCGCCGGCUACUGGUCAUCGGCUUUCCUGGCGUUUAACCGGUUUGCCGCGGUCUGCUUUCCCGCUCAUUUCCGCGCCUACUGGACUAAACAAAUGGCUAACACAAGUAUCAUCUUUAUCAAUUGGUUUAUCUGUGGCGCGAUGUAUGUUCCCGUUAUAUUGGGCUGGAUAUCGAGAUUUGAGAUGACUCCACCGCUAAAUGCGUGUAGCGUUAAGGCCAUCACCCCGGAAGCCGGCAACAUUCACCAGGUGCUAACGACAUAG